AUUCAGUAGCAGAAAGAUACUAUGGCUAAGAAGGGAAAGAAGAAGAAGACAAAAGGGGGAGAAGAAGGAUCAGGCGGAGAAGUAAGCCACAAACCAGGCAAGGAUGAACCUCUCUCAGUCGCUGAAUCGAUUCUUUCCUUCCAGAUCGAAGUUAAGACUAAGACAAUCGAGGCAUUUAGAGACGAAAUUGUGCAACUUAAGGUAGAAAAUGAAGAAAGCAAAGAGAAGACGCAGAAGUUACAAGCGCAACAGUUGCAGUAUGUAAAACAAUCAAUGAGAGCAGCAAAAGAAUUCGACUCAGACUACCAGAAUACUCUAACCGAGCUUCAGACUAAGAUUGAAACUGCUCUUAAGGAAAAACAAGUCUCCACACAAAAACUUCAAGCGGAGGAAGCAGAACUGAAAGGAAAAUGUGAUGCAGAGCAAGCGAGAACAGACGAAACUUUGCAAGAAAAAGCAGAGCUUAUUGAUUACAAGGACAACGGAAGUGUACUACAUAAAAAGAACAUUGACAUUCUGAAAUGUGCAAUCAAAGACAUCAACGACUCGUUUGAUGAAAAUGCUAAGUACAUCCAAAAGAAUUUACGUUUGACUCUCGAUGAAAUCAGCAAAGAUACUGCUUCAAAAGUUGACUCCCAAAAAUAUCAGGCUACUGAUAGAGCGAUCCAACUGCUUGACCCAAGGAACUAUACUGUAGCUCAACAAAACUCUUGGCUGAAGAGUGAAGUUCAACUUCUUAGGAACGACAUUGAACGGCUGUGGAAGGAGGUUGAAAAGUUGGAAACAGAUAACAUCUUCAUGUUGACAGAUAUGUACGAUGAGCGAAUGAUGGACAUAAAACGAUCCAGACAGCACUAUAUGGAUUGCGUGAAGAAAGGGACGACGUUUGGUAACCGAACCUCUCUGUUGAUAACACCACCCCCAAUGGAGGAUCAGAGGUUAGCUAUAGAAGACGUGGAUGAAAAAGACGAAGGAGAAGAGGAUGACAGUGGCAGCGAAGAGGGGGAGGACGAAUUUACUGACGAUUCUGACGAGGAAAUGGGUGUGACGGACGCGGAACUGCAACUCCUCAGCAUACAGGGUAUUAACAAGCCACUCUACGAGAGACCGUCAGAUGUGGAGGAUGAUUCCUGUCUAGUCGCCGUCAGCAGUUUCGAGUGGACGUUAGACGAUAAGAUUCCCAUAUCUCUGACCACUUUGUAGAUUGGAGCGAGUGUUACAUACUGGUGAAAUGUUUCAGACUCAAUGUACAACUUUGAGUAACCUAAAAUCUGAGUCGAGAUCGGAGUCCCUUAAAAUCAAAGGACUAUUUUGUGAUUUGAUCGAAAAUUCUUUAAGUCUGUAGAAUUUCAAAAGGGGCUGUAGAGGGGGGGAGCCAAGUGGAUAUUUGUAGAUAUUUGGAUAAUGUCAUCCACUUUUUUCGUGAAUUAUCCAUUACAAUAAUCUACAAAUAUCUACAUUUAUCUACAAAAAAUGUAUAUCUCAAAUAUGUGCCCAGAAAUUCUACUGAAUUUUUGGAGAUAAAUUUGUAGAAUUUGUAGAAUUUUCGUGAAUUAUCCAUUGACAAUAAUCUACAAAUAUCUACAUUUAUCUACAAAAAAUGUAAUCCCAAAUAUGUGCCCAGAAAUUCUACUGAAUUUUUGGAGAUAAAUGUAUAAAUUUGUAGAAUGUCAUCCAGUUUUUUCGUGGAUUAUCCAUUCUACAUUAAUCUACAAAUAUCUACAAAUAUCCACUUGGCUCCCCCCUGUAGAACUUCAAGAUUCUUAUAGGCUUCUUUUUGAUAUCUUAUUACAGUCAUAGAAGUGGAAGCAUUGAAAUCAAAUUAAUAUUUCAGUAAUACACAAUUAAAUUAUAAUUAUACACAAUUAAAUAUCAAUACGUUUACGCUUUCAAAAUGGUAAUUAAAUAAAAGUUCGGGCUGCAAAUAUUGUUAUUUCUUUUAAGUUAUUUUUGUUAAGUUAUUAAACAUUGUUUUGUUGUAGAUUACCGGAAAUUGAGGUACUUUUGCUUAAA